CGCCAACCUCGCUGAGCAUGAUACGAGCGCUAUGCAUUCCAUCAGACCCAAGAUGGCGGUUAACAUUACGUGCGCCAGCAGCUUCGGAGAUGUGCGCCGACCCAGUUCAGCCCCUCGGUGGGCCCGGAUAACCCCACCGGCAACGCUUAUCGCACAGUAAACUUGAUCUGCCCGUUACGUUUGCCUUUUCUCUGGAUGCCGUCCGACGAGAUGGUGGAGAACGCGAAUGUCCGACCAUCAUGAGCACCGAAUGUCAGCGCAGUGUCCUGUCGUGCUCGCGCUGCCGCAAGAGGAAGACCAAAUGUGACCGAAAGCUGCCAUCAUGCAGUCAAUGCGUCUCCGCGAAAGCAGAAUGCACAGGGUUCAGUGUAACUUCUACUGCCAAAGACAUCCCCCGCUCAGUCGUCCGUCAUCUAGAAUAUGAGAUUGCUCGGCUUGAAACAGAGCUCGCACACAGAGGGCAACUUGAAGCUGUCAAUGGUGCCGACAUCUUACUGCAGAUGCCGACUGGUGUUGCCCGGGAGGGAAUCCCUGACUUCAAUGAGCCGCGACCUCAGACAGCGGUGACCAUCCUUACCGAAGAACCUACGUCACCGCUUCCCAUAGUCGGCCCCUUGGCACAGUCUAUCAUGCUCAGUCGCUCAGUUCAGUCGAUGAUAUCCGCCACCCUACCUCAGGGUCCCGGAUUGAUAGACCUUGUGUCACGAGUGCGAAUGGGAUUAACUCCCUCCUCCGCCUCAGCCGUAGUACAGUCUGCCAUCUCGAACGACAUCACCAGAAGCCUUGGCUAUAAGGCAUCCGUGUCCACCCAUGUGCCCAAGCCUAGUCAAAUUGAAGAUCGAGUACUCAGGAGUAUGCCACCGGAGAUCGUUAUGUCACUCACCCAGAAAUUCAGUCAGAAGGUCCUCCCACAAUAUCCCUUCUUUCACGAAUCAACCUUGUGGAAUAUCAUGCACCGAGUUCUCACGGUAUUGCAAAGCCAGCCCAUGGAGGGAUAUGGGACACCGGGAUCCACCACCUUAAGGCCCGAUUACGAUUUCUUGAUCCUCUACAUCGUCCUAUCAGUAUCGGUUACCCUGGGAAGUGCGAAAGGCGGCCAUGAGUCCCGCUGCAUCUCGCUUUCGGCUUCUCUUUUCGAGGAAGGCAUCAAGCACUUCUCGAGCCAAAUGCACAUUCCUUCCGAUCUAGCUGGUCUCCAGCUCAAUCUUCUCAUCCUACUUUAUGCAACGAUCAAUCCUCGCUCCGCCAAUGUAUGGAUCCUCUCCGGGGCUGUCAUGCGAUCGUGCCUGGAACUCGGUUUGCAUCGUGAGUCUCCUGAGAUUGGGAGGCCGAAUUCUUUUGCCACUGAGUUACGCCGCCGGCUGUUUUGGAGCGCAUACUGCAUGGAUCGCAGCAUAUGUUCUGCGCUUCAAAGGCCGUUGUCUAUUCCGGAUGCCGCUAUUAGUACGCACUUUCCCUCAACAUUUGCGGACGCGGAGUCAAGACUGCCUUCGUUGGGCGUCAUCUACUACCAUCAGCUUCUAUCCGAAAUGGUUCAAGUCCAUUUCCAGGGCGAGUCACUUGGCGAUGGUGUGACCUGGGACGUCUGGACUGCCAACAUGGAAAGCAAACUGCGAGCAUGGUAUGCAGACUCCCGCACAGAAGCGGGCAGCAAUGAACUAGUCGAGUUUGCCCUGUCUCGUGGACUCAUGAUCCUUCAUCGACUUUCUCCAAGGAACCCCAUGCCCUCUCAACAAAGUCUGCUAAACGCAUUCGAGGCCGCAGCAGCUUCGGCGCGCAGCCACAAAGACCACAUAUUUACCGGGUUCUUCCGUCGUCCAUGGAUCUCUGCCCACCACACGCUCGAGGCGGCGGUUGUGCUGCUUUUCUGCCUGCGUCACGCCUGCGCAACCAUUUCUCUAAAGUUCAGUGCUGGACAGAUCUUCGAAAUGUCUAAGCUGUUCACAGCGAACUUUCUCGCUAUUGCUUCUCAAGGAUGGGAAGAAGUGUCGAAUUACGCUGGAGUCUACGAGAGAUUACUUGGGCCUUUGCUGGAAGCCGUGUUCUCGCCUUCCAAGAACCCGCAAGAGCACUUCGGUCCCGCACAAGAUGCUGAGCUCACUCGACUGCUAUACCCUGGACCAGCUCAUCUGGAGAAGCUCAGAUUCGGAAGGACACUCCCGGAGGAGACUUCGCCGUUCGACUUCAGUCUCUUCAACUUCGAUCAGGAUAUUCUUGGAUUCGAAAGUAUGCGCACAAUUGGUGCCGAUCUGGACUUCACGAGGAAUGCGGAAUUCAUGGAGCGCACACCACUAGAGCAACCCUUAGGCUUCGAUGACCUCGGAUUGAUCUUCUGAGAUCCCUCAACCUUCGUUGUACAGUUCCGGAUACCACCUGAUCGCGGGACCUCUUCGACCACCGCAUAUCCAACUCAUGCUGAGUAUGUGGAGAGUUGAGUUAUCUCAGAUCGGCAUGGGCGUGGGGUGUGUGCGUGUAGCGACCAUGUAGGAUAGGGAAUUCGCGAAAUCUGACGGCGUGAAGGGUACAAUAGGGAAAGCGGUGUGUAAGCAGCUGGAGCUAUAAUCACAUGAAGGCCUCGGCCUGAUGACUCAGCUCGAUCAAUACUUAAGAGCCUCUGAUUGCCUUAAGCUAUACACACAAGGAAUAG